AUGCUCCACAAGAAGAAAAAUGUACUCGAGGUGUUUGCCGAGAAUGAGCGGGUGAAUAUCUGUGCGCCAAUGGUGCGAUACAGCAAGCUACCUUUUAGAGAGCUGGUAUUGAAAUACAAUGUCAACAUCUCAUAUACACCAAUGAUCAUUGCUGAUGUGUUUAAAAACUCUGAAUUUGCUCGCGAAUCCGAUUUUUCAACCAAUGCCAAUGACAAUCCAGUUGUAGUUCAGUUUGCAGCCAAUAAUGGACCAGACCUAGCGGCAGCAGCAGAAUUGGUGGCACCGUACGUUGGUGGUAUAGACAUCAACUGUGGAUGUCCUCAAAAAUGGGCUGUUCAGGAACGGAUUGGCGCUCAUUUGAUGUCAGAUCCUGAGGCAGUUCGAGAUAUGAUACGGACUGUCAAGGCACGCAUGGACACACCUUGCAGUAUCAAAAUUAGAGUUCACCAAGAUCUCAAGGAAACAUACGAAUUUGUAAAGCGAGCAGAGGCUGUAGGUGUAGACUUUUUGACAGUUCACGGUCGCACAAGGAAACAAAAAUCCACAGAACCUGUCAACUUUGAAGGUGUAAAACUUGUUAAGGAGUCCGUAAGUGUUCCAGUGGUAGCAAAUGGAAGUAUAUUUUCUUUGGCCGACGCAGAAGAGAUGUACGAGAAGACUGGUGUGGAUGGUGUAAUGUCUGCUAGAGGGCUUUUGAAGAACCCAGCAUUCUUUGCAGGUCAUGAUUAUACACCCUGGGAGUGUGUAGAGAACUAUGUCAAACUUGCUCUAGGAUAUGGGACAAAUCUCCAUAUAUUUCACCAUCACCUUAUGUACAUGUUUGAAGAUAUCAUGUGCAAUGCAGAACGCAAGACGUUUAAUACACUCUCGAGUAUCCCUGCCAUCAUUGACCAUCUAGAAACCCACUGGGGUCUCGAUGUCAGCAAACUAAUCUAA